AUGUCCGGAAAUAUUAAUAACGACGCUAUAGAUCAAUUCCGCUCUCUAACGAACGCUUCUUUUGAAGAAGCACAAAGUUAUUUAACAGCUACAGACGACAAUAUAGAACUUGCUGUUCUUCUUUAUUUCGGGGAUGACAUCCAAGCACCACCGCAAUCAUCACAUGAAGAAUUAGCUAAAUUGCUUUAUCAACAAGAAGAAAAGGCAGCAGGGGUUCGUGCACCUAUUCCACCUAGAAGUGAUAUAUUAUUUGGUAAUGUUAAUGGUGGUGGCUCUUAUUCAAUACCAAAUGCUCGGCGCUCACGUGAACAACAGCAUAGAACUUUUGCUGGAGAUAUCCGUCCUCAUCAUGAUAUGUGUGCGGCAAAAUCAUCAGGAAAAUGGAUUAUGAUCAAUAUUCAAAGCAUAGGAGAAUUUUCUUCUCAAGCGCUUAAUCGUGACCUAUGGAGUAAUGAUACCGUCAAAGAUAUUAUUAGAGCACAUUUUUGUUUUCUUCAGUACAAUUCAGAUAGUACGGACGGUUCUAAAUACAUAAACUUCUAUCCUGUUUAUAAAUACCCACAUGUUGCUGUGAUUGAUCCAAGAACGGUGACGGAUUUCUUGGAUAAAUAUUCAUUGAAUGAAGAACCAAAUCAUUCAGAAUCUUCCACUGCAAAAAAAACUUCAGAUGGUACCUCAGAAAUGUCUGUAGAUGAUCAAUCAAAAGCAGAACCACAAAUUUCAAAUGAUACUGGUGGUGAUGAUCAAAAUACUUUCCUUAAAAAGGAAAAAGAAGUACCCAAAGUUCAUCCAGUUUUUGAAGAAAUUCCAUAUAAAUCUAUAUUUGAUUCUAUUAAGCCAAUUGAAAGGCCAGAUCAAACAGGUCCAAAAUCUACGAGUAUAAAGUUUCGAUUGGAAGGCCGACAUGUUAUUAAAAAAUUUAAUAAAAAAGACCCAGUACGAUAUAUGUUUGAGUAUUUAAAAGCGUCAGUUCCCGAACUCAAUGAUAAGUUUUUUGAGUUAAAUUAUUUAAGGAAUAACUUGAUUGAAAAAAUUGAUGAAACAAUUGAAGAAGCAGGAUUAAUCAAUGCUGCCAUAAAUGUAGUUUUAGGAUGA